GAAAAGAAGGUUGUUGCUUCCAGCAAGACUGGACGCGCUCUCACCCCAUACAAUGCCUUUAUGAAGACCGAGUUGCCCAAGGUCAAGGCUGCCAAACCUGAAAUCUCUCAUCGUGAAGCCUUCAAGACCGCUGCGUCCAACUGGAAAAACGCACCUGAAAACCCCGUAAACAAA